AUGUUCACUCAAGCACCAUCAUCCGCUCCUGCCGCAGCAGCCUCAGCAACGCCAGCAGAACCGAUACCCCUCGUGAUGCAGAUCAUCGUCGACGGCUCCUCCUCCGACCUUCAGUCCUGGCCCAAGGGACCGUGGAUGGCGCAAGCCGCUCAUGCAGCCAUAGCAGCCAUCCAAAUCUCAUCCUCCUCGCCCGCCUCGCAAGAGUACGUCUCCGAAUCCAACCUGGCGUCGAUGCACAAGGUGGUGCUGCAGACGCCGAAGGAAGGGAAGGCCAAGAUGAGCUUGCAGGAUCUAUCGGAGAAGCUGAGCGAGGCGAGGAAGGUGUACGAGGAAGGAGGGGAGCAAGGAGAAGAGUUCCCGAAGCAUCAUCUGUGGGUGGAACAGCCCGAGGGGUUAGCGACGUGUCUAGCCCUCGCGCCGAACAGAAAGCCGGCUGCGCUCAAGAAGAUUCUGCGACCAUGUACGCUGCUCAAAGACUAG